AUGGGUUCGCUGAAGAACGACGGAGAGAUCGGAGGAGAGCUUAUGGAGGCGAUACUCUACGUUAACGGCGUUCGUAGAGUGUUGCCUGAUGGUUUGGCUCAUAUGACGCUUCUUGAAUACCUCAGAGAUAUAGGAUUGACCGGGACAAAGCUGGGAUGCGGUGAAGGUGGUUGUGGGGCUUGUACAGUGAUGGUCUCUAACUAUGACAUGAAAUCCAAGACUUGCGUGCAUUAUGCUGUCAACGCUUGCUUAGCACCUCUGUAUUCUGUAGAAGGGAUGCAUGUGAUAUCUAUUGAGGGAGUUGGGCAUCGCAAACUUGGUUUGCACCCGCUUCAGGAAUCAUUGGCGUCUUCUCAUGGUUCCCAGUGUGGGUUUUGUACUCCUGGGUUUAUUAUGUCCAUGUAUGCGUUAUUGAGGUCAAGUAAGAACUCACCUUGUGAAGAGGAGAUUGAAGAAUGUCUUGCGGGGAAUUUAUGUCGUUGUACUGGUUAUAGACCCAUCGUUGAUGCGUUUCGAGUUUUUGCAAAAUCUGAUGAUGCUCUUUACAGUGGAGUAUCUUCACUUAGCCUUCAAGAUGGUUCAACUAUUUGCCCAUCUACUGGCAAACCUUGUUCCUGUGGGUCAAAAGCAACAAAUGGAGAAGCCAAUUGUAAUGAAAAUAGAAUCCAAUCCAUCUCUUACAGUGAUGUGGAUGGUGCUAAGUAUACAGAAAAGGAGCUUAUCUUUCCCCCUGAGCUUUUGCUGAGGAAGUUAUCUCCUUUAAAGUUGAGAGGAAAUGGGGGACUCACCUGGUUUAGACCCGUAAGCCUUCAGAACUUGCUUCUGCUCAAAGCAAAUUAUCCUGAUGCUAAGUUACUAGUAGGGAAUACAGAGGUGGGAAUCGAAAUGAGACUGAAGAGGUUGCAGUAUCCAGUGCUAAUCUCUGUUGCUCAAGUCCCAGAGCUCAACGCAUUGAAUGUAGAUGACAGUGGAGUAGAGCUUGGUUCUGCUUUGAGACUUUCUGAGCUCCUGAGUUUGUUCAGGAGGGUUGUAAAGGAGCGUCCUGCACAUGAAACAUCAGCAUGCAAGGCUUUUAUUGAACAGCUAAAGUGGUUUGCUGGGACACAGAUAAGAAAUGUUGCGUGCAUUGGUGGAAACAUUUGUACAGCUAGUCCAAUAUCUGAUUUAAACCCUCUUUGGAUGGCGUCAAGAGCAGAGUUUCGGAUAAUCAACUGCAGUGGAGAAGUUAGGUCCAUCCCUGCAAAAGAUUUCUUCCUUGGUUAUCGUAAGGUGGAUAUGGGAAGCAACGAGAUCUUGAUGUCUGUCUUCCUUCCAUGGACAAGGCCCUUAGAGUAUGUGAAAGAGUUUAAACAAGCUCAUCGUAGGGAUGAUGAUAUAGCUAUUGUUAAUGGUGGGAUGCGUGUGUUUCUUGAAGAGAAAGGUCAAGAUUUGUUUGUUUCUGAUGCAUCAAUUGCUUAUGGUGGUGUGGCUCCUCUUUCGUUGCGUGCUAGAAAGACUGAGGAAUUUUUAAUUGGAAAGAAAUGGAACAAAGGUCUUCUGCAAGAUGCUCUUAAUGUCAUACAGAGCGAUGUAUUGAUUAAGGAAGAUGCUCCUGGUGGGAUGGUUGAGUUUAGGAAAUCUCUAACACUGAGCUUCUUCUUUAAAUUUUUCUUAUGGGUUUCUCAUGAUGUACAUAAUGUAUACCCCACUAUAGAGACCUUCCCACCCUCCCAUGUAUCAGCUGUUCAACCUGUUCCUCGGUUAUCUAAAAUUGGAAAACAAGACUAUGAGACAGUAAAACAGGGAACAUCUGUUGGCUCGCCGGAGGUUCAUCUUUCAGCGAGAAUGCAGGUCACAGGAGAAGCAGAAUAUACUGAUGAUACCCCAGUACCUCCUAAUACCUUGCAUGCUGCCUUAGUCCUAAGCAAAAAGCCACAUGCUCGCAUCCUUUCUAUUGAUGACUCGGCUGCCAAAUCUUCCCUUGGUUUUGUUGGUCUGUUUCUUGCUAAAGAUAUUCCUGGGGAUAAUAUGAUUGGACCAAUUGUUGCUGAUGAAGAAUUGUUUGCUACGGACGUGGUCACAUGUGUUGGACAAGUCAUUGGUGUGGUUGUCGCGGAUACACAUGAAAAUGCAAAAACUGCUGCAGGAAAAGUUGAAGUUAUGUAUGAGGAACUACCAGCAAUAUUAUCAAUCAAGGAGGCUAUUAAUGCUAAAAGUUUCCAUCCGAACACAGAGAAAAGGCUAAGGAAAGGGGAUGUAGAGCUAUGCUUUCAAUCUGGUGAGUGUGACAAGAUAAUAGAGGGAGAAGUUCAAAUUGGUGGUCAAGAACACUUUUACUUGGAGCCUCAUGGUAGUUUGGUUUGGACAAUGGAUGGAGGAAACGAAGUUCAUAUGAUUUCUUCCACUCAAGCUCCUCAAAAGCAUCAGAAGUAUGUGUCUCAUGUUCUCGGUCUUCCAAUGUCUAAAGUGGUAUGCAAAACCAAAAGAAUUGGAGGUGGCUUUGGUGGUAAGGAAACAAGAUCAGCUUUUAUUGCUGCUGCAGCUGCUGUUCCUUCCUACCUAUUGAAUCGUCCUGUGAAACUCAUACUGGAUAGAGAUGUGGACAUGAUGAUAACUGGUCAUCGCCAUAGUUUCCUUGGAAAGUACAAGGUUGGAUUUACGAAUGAAGGAAAAAUAUUGGGGUUGGAUCUUGAAAUCUACAACAAUGGUGGAAACUCUUUGGAUCUUUCCCUUGCUAUUCUCGAACGGGCCAUGUUUCACUCGGAUAACGUUUAUGAGAUUCCACAUGUAAGGAUCGUAGGGAACGUUUGCUUUACUAAUUUCCCCAGCAACACUGCUUUCCGAGGAUUUGGAGGGCCCCAAGGUAUGCUCAUUACUGAAAACUGGAUUCAGAGAAUCGCAGCAGAGCUUGAUAAAAGCCCUGAAGAAAUCAAAGAGAUGAACUUUCAAGAGGAAGGAUCGGUCACACAUUAUUCUCAAUCUCUUCAGCACUGCACAUUGCAACAGCUUUGGACAGAGCUGAAAGUAUCCUCCAACUUCUUAAAGGCUCGCAGAGAGGCCGACGAGUUCAAUAGCCAAAACCGGUGGAAAAAGCGUGGUGUGGCUAUAGUUCCCACAAAAUUUGGCAUAUCAUUUACUACAAAGUUCAUGAAUCAGGCCGGUGCUCUUGUUCAUGUUUACACCGACGGGACUGUUUUGGUGACACAUGGAGGUGUGGAGAUGGGUCAAGGGUUGCACACAAAGGUUGCCCAAAUUGCUGCCUCCGCCUUUAACAUCCCGCUUAGUUCAGUUUUCGUGUCAGAGACGAGCACCGACAAGGUUCCAAAUGCGUCACCAACUGCUGCUUCUGCAAGCUCUGAUAUGUAUGGUGCUGCAGUUUUAGACGCCUGUGAGCAGAUUAUAGCAAGAAUGGAACCUGUUGCAUCUAAGCACAACUUCAACACAUUCGCUGAGCUGGUAAGUGCCUGCUACUUUCAACGGAUAGACCUCUCAGCGCAUGGAUUUCACAUCGUUCCCGAUAUUGGAUUUGACUGGAUAUCUGGGAAAGGGAAUGCAUUUAGAUACUACACAUAUGGAGCUGCCUUUGCUGAAGUUGAGAUAGAUACAUUAACUGGCGAUUUUCACACAAGAGCAGCGGAUAUAAUGCUGGACCUUGGAUAUUCUCUUAACCCUGCCAUUGAUGUUGGACAAAUAGAAGGAGCAUUUGUACAAGGACUAGGUUGGGUUGCUCUAGAAGAACUUAAAUGGGGAGAUGCAGCUCAUAAAUGGAUUAAACCAGGAACUUUACUAACUUGUGGACCUGGUAACUACAAAAUACCUUCCAUUAACGACGUUCCGUUCAACCUCAAUGUUUCUCUUCUAAAGGGGAAUCCGAACAAAAAGGCAAUACAUUCAUCUAAAGCAGUAGGUGAGCCACCGUUCUUUCUUGCAUCAUCAGUCUUCUUUGCAAUCAAGGAAGCCAUCAAAGCUGCUAGGACCGAGGUGGGUCUCAGCAACUGGUUCCCGCUAGAGACUCCAGCCACGCCAGAACGUAUCAGAAUGGCUUGUUAUGAUGAGUUUUCAUCUCCUUUUGUAAGUUCAGAUUUCACCCCUAAGCUUAGUGUUUAA